GUACGGUUACAGAAACGUUUCAUAAUCGACUUGCUGCACUAGUUUUAAAUCAAAAUGCAGACACGUAUGAUUUUGUUAUUUGCUAUAGGCUUCAAUACAAUAAGUAAUAGUUUCGAACUAUCAUCUGACCAAUCUGAAAAUUUAAAUACAAGCUCAACACCUUCACAAUCAAUCGAUAAUUACUAUGAGAGGGAGAUGGAAAACCAACUUUUUAACAGUAAAAAAAACUCCAUUAGUGACACGUGGAUAGGUAAUAUUAUUGCUACGCAAAUGGACGGAUUCGUACCGUUUUCUUAUGAAAAUCCAAAAUGUACUGAGGAUGGAAAAAUUUACAAGGAACACUUAAUCAAACAAGAUUCGUGGGCCGUUCAAAUGUAUGAUUCCUCAGCUAAAUAUCCAGGAGGCCUUUUGUCUGGAAUUACAUACGAAAUGGGAUAUUAUGAUCAGUGUCUGAGAGCGCAUUCAAAAGAGUUAAAUAUAUACAGUGCGUAUGUUUUACCAAACGUUCAGUUUCAAAUUACUGAAGAAAAUGACAAUAUGCCUAAAGUAAGAAAUAACGUCACAUCAGCUUGGAGAUAUGUGAAAACCGACGGCAAUUAUUCGAAUUAUACUCAAAUAAUUGACAACAUAAAUUGGGCAUUAUGUAUCCCGGACUCUUGUAACGCCAAAGACGUUCAGAUAUCAAUGGAAGAAUUAUUGACACCUAUAUUUAAACACUCUAAUUUAACAAUCAAAGUUUCUGUUAAUCCAGCUCUAUACACAUCAAAAAGAACGUCUGACGCAAAACAUACUGAUGGAUACCUCAUUUUCUUUUGCAUGGUUCUAGUGCUGAUCUUAACGUUAAAUAUAGUUGGGACUUUGUACGAAAUGAACAUUAUAGGUGAUCAACAUGUUCAUUGGUCUAUUUUAAAAAAUAUUUUACUGGCCUUUUCUAUCAGAAAAAGCACAACAAUUGUAUUUAAUACACAAAGAAAAAAUGAGUUGUCUGUAGCUGAUGGUUUAAAAUCUUAUUUAGCGAUCUGUGUAGUUAUAGCACAUAGAAUAUAUCAUGGUACAUUUGUUACUGCAACAGACAGCCCUUAUUUUAUGGAAAACUUAAUGAGUAGUCCCUGGUUGAAUGCACCCGUUGGUGUGGAACUAUUUUUUGUAAUUUCAGGCUUUAUGAUGUACAUUUCUAUAAUUAAUCGAUUAAAUAAAGAAAAAAAACUUAAUUUUUUCUAUCUAAUCUUUUAUAGAAUGACGAGACUUCUACCAGCAUACACAAUAGUUUUUUUGCUAUACAUGUGUGUUCUACCUCACAUAGGAGAUGGUCCAUUAUGGAAAUUAUAUGUAAUUCCACAAUCAGAAUUUUGUCGUAUAAAUGUGUGGAAAAAGUUUUUAUUUAUUGAUAUUUACGUUGAUGGUUCUGAAAAAAUGUGUAUACCUCUUACCUGGUAUGUAACAUGUGAAGUACAUUUUUACGCAAUCGGAAUUAUUCUUACGUAUGCAAUAUGGAAAUGGAAAAAUAUUGGCCUAUGGAUUUUAGGCAUAGUAUUUGCAGUAUCUGUUUACAUGCCAGCAAGGACGAUUUAUACGAAUAAUUUAACGGCUAUAAUAACAGCGAACGUAAUAAGGGGUUUACGAUCCAACCCAUUCAUCUUAUUUGUAUAUAUGAAGAGUCAUCAGAGAAUUACAACAUACCUGAUCGGAAUGGCAGCGGCACACAUAUAUACAAAACUAAAACAAGACAAUUACAAAAUAUCCGCUCGAAACAAGACUAUCGGUUCUAUCAGUUCUUUUAUAACGUUUGUGUUAAGUCGUAGUUCAACAGCUUACUUAUUAUUACCUGGAAUAGAAUAUAACCCGUGGCAUCACGUACUAUACUUUACUCUGCAAAGGAUCGUUGCUGCUAUUUGUGUGUCAUAUUUUAUGAUCGUUUUUAGACUAUCAGGAUUUGCUUCAAAUUCUAAAGGUUACAGUAGCAAGUUAAAUAAUGUCAAUUUUAUUUCUGCUAUGAGUAAGCUUACUUACAGUCUAUUUUUAUGUCAUACUUUUUUUCAAUAUCAAUCAUUGUUUUCCAAUAAAACACUUGUGCAUUUCGACUGGUGGAUUAUGGUCCGAUAUAUACUAAGUGAUGUACUAUUAGGAGUGUUUUGCAGUUUACUAAUUGUUUUGUUGUUCGAAACUCCUUGUAAUACGAUUAGACAAAAAUUAGAUGAUUAUUUCCAGAAUGUAAAAAAACCGAAUAUUUCCAACUCGCCGGAAAACGAUACCAAAAUGAAAACAAAAUAAGUAUCAAGUCUAGGUGGUCAAGAACACUUUUGGUGAUGAGUAGAUACAAAAAAAAACAGUACACCAUAUUAACUCUAAUGUAUUAUUUUUAGACACUUAAUAUUUUUUCUCUAAAAAACUAACUAAAUAAAAUAUGUAAUUACAAUAAUUAUUAGUUACCAAUACUUUUUGCACAACAAGUUUCUUCGAGUAAUAUUCUAGACGCACUUAUAAUAUAAUUGUUUUG